AGAGCGAUGGUUUCAGAGCGGCAUCCGCGCCGCAUCUCCUCAUCUUCCAUGAUGCAGCAGUCUCACUGCGGAGUGGGAAGCAUUCCUCUCCACAACAGCCGUGUGAGCCAGUGGGAGGGGCGGGACGAGGGGCAAUCCCAAAGUAGUACUUAGAGGUCCCCACUUCCUUUUUUGGCUGGUAAAUCAUCCACAUUCAACAAGAGACUUUUGCUCCAUGAGCGAAUUAGGCAUAACGUGAUUUAAAUGUGUAGUUUAACAUUCAAAUAACCACAGGGAAGCGAGGCUAAAGUAUCGAGGAAACUGUAAAGUGCAUAACUAAGCUUUUUAACACCCAAUGACACAGACUGCGAAGUAAGCAGGAGCGGGAUUUUUUUCAGACUGCACAUUUUAAGGGUCCUGGGAAUCAUCCGGAAACCAUUAUUUAAGGACAAGAUGAGCGAGACUGAAUCUGCGAUAGACCACAUAACUACAGACGCAAUGUCAACUGCAUCUCCUGCCAAAAGCCUGGGGGAUCCUGGCAUCACGCCCCUGUCUCCGUCCCAUUCUUCGCAGAAAGACGCAGACAGCAGUGAGCCUUCAGCACCCUCAUUUGUGGUUGUGGUUGCCAUUGACUUCGGCACCACAUCCAGCGGCUACGCCUACAGUUUCACCAAGGAGCCCGAAUGUAUCCACAUCAUGAGGCGCUGGGAGGGGGGAGACCCUGGAGUAUCCAAUCAGAAGACUCCCACCACCAUUCUUUUGACCCCUGACCGGAAGUUCCACAGUUUUGGCUAUGCGGCCCGUGAUUUCUACCAUGACCUGGACCCUACUGAGGCCAGACACUGGUUCUACCUGGAGAAGUUCAAGAUGAAGCUUCACACCUUAGCGAACCUCUCCAUUGAGACAGAUAUUCAGGCAGCCAAUGGGAAGCGAGUUAAGGCACUGGAUAUAUUUUCUUACGCUCUGUCAUUCUUUAAAGACCAAGCUCUCAAGGAACUGAGUGACCAGACAGGCGCCGAGUUCAACAAUGCAGAUGUGAGGUGGGUGAUCACAGUGCCGGCCAUCUGGAAGCAGCCGGCCAAGCAGUUCAUGAGAGAAGCAGCCUACAAGGCUGGCCUGGUUUCCCGCGACAACCCUGACCAGCUCAUCAUUGCCCUGGAGCCGGAGGCCGCCUCCAUUUAUUGCCGCAAGCUCCGUCUGCAUCAGAUGAUUGACCUGUGCUCCAAGACUGCUGUGAAUGGUUACAGCCCCACUGAAAGCGUGGGGGCAGGGAUGGUGCAAGCAAAGGAGCACGUCCGGCGCAACCGGCAGAGCCGCACCUUUUUGGUGGAAAAUGUCAUAGGAGAGCUUUGGUCGGAGCUGGAAGAAGGUGACCGCUAUGUGGUGGUGGACUGUGGUGGCGGCACAGUGGACCUGACUGUUCACCAGAUCCGCCUGCCAGAAGGACAUCUGAAAGAGCUCUAUAAAGCCUCAGGUGGCCCCUAUGGAUCUAUUGGCAUCGAUUAUGAGUUUGAGAAGCUUCUCUGCAAAAUCUUUGGGCCAGACUUUAUUGACCAGUUCAAGAUAAAGCGUCCAGCAGCCUGGGUUGACCUGAUGAUCGCUUUUGAGUCACGAAAAAGGGCUGCAGCGCCGGACAGGAGCAACCCUCUGAAUAUCAACCUGCCCUUCUCAUUCAUCGACUACUACAAGAAGUUCCGUGGCCACAGCGUAGAGCAUGCCCUGCGCAAGAGCAAUGUGGAUUUUGUGAAGUGGUCCUCCCAAGGGAUGCUGCGGAUGAACCCAGAUGCAAUGAAUGCCCUCUUCAAGCCCACCAUUGACCACAUCAUUCAACACCUCAGUGAACUUUUUGAAAAACCAGAGUUGACGAACAUCAAGUUCCUGUUCCUGGUGGGUGGCUUCGCAGAGUCACCUCUGCUGCAGCAUGCAGUGCAGAACAUGCUGCAAGGCCGCUGCCGCAUCAUCAUCCCACACGACGUGGGCCUGACCAUCCUCAAGGGGGCAGUGCUCUUUGGCCUGGACCCGGGCGUGAUUAAGGUGCGGCGCUCACCAAUGACCUAUGGGGUGGGUGUACUCAACCGAUAUGUAGAGGGUAAGCACCCACCCGACAAAAUGCUGGUCAAGGACGGCACGCGCUGGUGCACUGAUGUCUUUGACACCUUCAUCGCCGCCGACCAGUCAGUGGCACUGGGUGAGACAGUCAAGCGCAGCUACACGCCGGCCAAACCUUCCCAACAGGUCAUCGUCAUUCACAUCUACUGCUCAGAGCGUGAGGACGUGGCCUUCAUCAGUGACCCCGGGGUCCGGAAGUGUGGCACACUGCGCCUGGAUGUGAGUGGCACCGAGAGCCCAGCCACGCGUCGAGAGAUCCAGACGCUCAUGCAGUUUGGGGACACGGAGAUCCGGGCCAUGGCUGUUGAUGUGACCACCUCCCGCAGUGUCAAAGCCAGCAUCGACUUCCUCAGCCAGUAGAUUGGAGGGGGUCAGCGUGCAUCGUUCUCCCAGCAUUUCCCGGCAAUGGUGGGAGGGCGUUGCUUGUUCACCUGGGUUAUGGCCAGCCCGAGCUGCACCCUGAGAAAAUCCUUCAGUUCUGGUUCAUAAAGCACUGCAAUAGAUGGUUUAGAAGAGGAGCAAAAAUCAUGUUUUGAAAGUACUGAGAUUUUGAACAGUGGAGUAGUGUAUUCUUAAAUUUCCUGUACUGGCAUUCGUAACUUGAUUGUCAGUUAAUUUAAAUGAAUGGGUGUUCCUAGGUGUUGGAUAAUUAAUGAAGAGUAAGUAUACUGGUCAUUCGAAACCAGGGUCGGAAUGGGUGUGAAAGAAAGAUGAACGGGCUUGUUUGGAGCAAUUAAAUAAUAGUUCAGUUUGACAGUAAUCAAGCAGUAAUUCAGCCUGAACCUUGUAAAGUCACCAGUCCCUGUGACCUGGUAGUCAGUAAAAUUCACAAACCGGACUCAUUACAGCUUUCAUCAUGUGUUCCCACAAGCCUGAGAAACCAAAGUAAAUGAUAAAUAUCACAGGGGAUUUCUAUGAAGUUGCAUUGAAAAGAUCAUUUUGCAGUUCCAAAUACUCAUUGUGGUGUCUUUUUUUUUUCAACUUAUUUCAUGAAUGAACAUUUUACAUAUUUUCAAGAUAUUAUGGUCCAUUUAAUACUGUUAUUACAAGAUAUUAUGGUCCAUUUAAUACUGGAUUACUGUAGGACUUUCAUUGUUUUUGAGAAACUCCAAGGCCCUUGCUGUCAGAGUAGUUACUGCCUGCUCAACAUGAUAAUCUGUACACUGUUUGCUAGAGAGAACAGACUCAUCCACUGCCUGAACAAUUGGCUUUAUUGACCAGUGUUCAUUAGUUCACACAAAGCCGCAGUAAAAACUCACGUCACUGGUAUAUACGUUGCGCUGAAGAAUAAAUAUAAAUCCUAGAAUGUGAAAUGUUACUUAUCUAUUAAACAGCUUGUUUAAAAAGGCUGCUAGCUAUACAGUACACGCAAACUGAUUUCAGCAGAGCAAUAGCAAUGUGCCGCUGCCUUUGUUCUGUUACGCCUGCCGUGCUAAAUGGGAAUGAAGUCACGUGUUCGAUUUUUUUUUUAACGUUCUGUUCAACAGACCACAGUGAAAAAUCAUAAUGAUAACCUUUGGGAUUUGUGAAGUACAAAGGCAAGUGUUUAUUUCUGUAAAUACAGUAUUUAAAAAGUUGUACAGUUUUUUAGCAUUCUUGUUUUAGCAGCUUUAGAAUGGGAAGUGUGCCUGCUUUUUGUGGAUGCUCUCUCUCCAUGUUUCAAACCAGCCUAGUGUACACCCUCAUGGUGAAAGCUAUUUGGACUGAUGGGAAAAACUUAGCUGUUAUUCAUUCUGACAUGUCAGAAUGCCUGUGACCCUAACCUUUGCAGGAGGAUGUAUGACUUGGCAGAGAGUUGUUGUCUUUGAAGGAUAUUUGUUUUCCAAUUUUUAUGAAUACCAUGAAAAAACAGACUUUGCAAAGCUUGACACUUCCAAAGAUUGUCAGAUGAAAAUGACUUUCCCCCCUGAAUACCUUCACUCUAUAAAUGUAGCAAUAUUAUUAUUGUAAUGCAGUCUUAAAUACUAAUUUUCUCAAUGUUAUCCUUCCAAAUAACGCAAAUAUAACAAUGUUCUAUACCGUAGUGUGCAGUGGUAUGGUUGACAGUAUCUUGGGGCCACCACAGAACUGAGAAAUAUUACUUUUUAUUUUAUGUAUACUGAACACUUUAACACUUUUAGUGUAAUGUAACAUGGUAAGUAAAAUAACCAAAUAAAGAGAUCAAAAAUCUGAUGUU